AUGGCGAAUUGGUCAAACAGAGUUGGACCACGUGUUGAGAUAAAAUUGAGGGAGAAUGUAUUGAGAGCUGAAGUUAUGGUGGCUGAACAUUAUAGUGUGAAUAUGAUACUAGUGAAGAUAGGAAACAAUAACUUGAGAGUGAAUCUAACAUUGCAAGAAUGCUCUUGUCAAGAAUGGCAAAUGGUAGGAAUUUCUUGUGCACAUGCAUAUGUAGCAAUAAAAUUAGUUCAGGGUAAUAUGUAUUCAUAUGUUGAAGAAUGCUACACUAUUCGUGCAGAAGAAAAAAUUUACAGCUCCACAAUGAUUCCGGUGGAAACCAUUGACAUGCCUCAGUUGACCAAGCUAUAUUAUGAAGAUUAUGAAAAGAAUACCUUUUUGGAACCAUCACUGACUACACGUCCCCCAGGGUGA